UGGAUAGUAACAAUACGGUGUAACUGAUCGGACGAGUAAGAAAGACGAAACGCUACGAUGUUCGAAAGAGGGUGUAAACUAGUUGACACUGUCGGUAUUCUCUCACGCGAAUCAGUGUUGUUAAGGUGAUGUGACCUUUCAAGUCGCUGAUCAACUCGAUUCCUUCUCAACACAUGCCUAAAUCUGUCGAGGAUGUCUAGUAGACACAUCAAUACGAAGAAAAUCAUACGAGUUAUAACCUGGUCCUGAGAUAUCGGUAACGCGGUAGUUUUGCGACGAUAAACAGUGUGAUCGACGGCCACCAGGAAAGAAAAAUGUCGUGUUCGAGUGAGCUGUCCCGUUCGCAGGAAUAUCUCAGCUUUCGCAGCUCCAUACCACUCAGGAAAAUCGUUGUUGACAAUGAUGGCACCAAGGGAUGGAAAGUAUACGAUUCCAACCCAAAAACCAUUAAAUGCCCGUUAAUAUGUCUUCCACCGGUCAGCGGAACGGCGGAUGUAUUCUUUAAACAAAUAUUAGGCUUGGCAGCGAGGGGAUACAGAAUUAUAUCAGCAGAGCCACCAGUGUAUUGGAACGUCAAGGAGUGGUGCGACGGAUUUAGAAAACUUCUAGAUUAUAUGGAGUUGGACAAGGUGCACCUAUUCGGUGCCUCGUUAGGUGGUUUUCUUGCUCAAAAAUUCACCGAGUUCAAUGCUCAUUGCCCUAGAGUAGUGUCGCUAGUACUUUGUAAUACAUUUACAGACACGUCGGUGUUCAGUUACAACGAUUCCGCAGCAGUGUUUUGGAUUCUGCCGUCGUUGGUAUUGAAAAAAAUGUUGAUGGGGAACUUCGUAACGGAAAAGGUCGAUGGAGAAAUGGUAGAAGCCAUAGAUUUCAUGGUUGAAAGGUUGGAGAGCUUGACGCAGUCUGAAUUGGCGUCACGGUUGACAAUGAAUUGCGUAAAUUGUUACGUCCAGCCGCAAAAGGUAUGCAAUUUGCCUAUCACGAUCAUAGACGUUUUCGACGAGUAUGCACUGUCAAACUCGGUAAGAGAAGAGGUGUACAAAUGUUAUCCUAACGCUAAAUUGGCGCACCUGAAAAGCGGCGGGAAUUUUCCAUAUUUGAGUCGCUCGGCGGAAGUCAAUUUGCAUUUACAGAUACAUCUGAGACAAUUCGAGGGGACGGAAUACGCAGCUUCCGAAAGAACGAAGUUACAAUAGGAUGAUUUUAUGAAAUGAAAGUUCCUUGACUUAGUUUCGGCACGAUGAAGGCGAUUUCCGUCUGGUUGUUGAUGACCAAAUGUUAGUCAACGCGAUUGUAGAAACAACCGCGGAACAGUUCCAGAACUAUAUCCACCGUCGUCCAUAUCAUACUCGUCGAAGUAUUCCAUGUAUAGAGCGAUCUAUUUCACAAGGCGUCCGCUCCAUUUUUAUCACACAUUCGCCAGAAUUUAAUAUUGUAAUAUUUUUUUAGAAAAAAUUUGUAAAAACGCUUUCAUUAGAAGAUAAAUUCGAAACCCCGGUGAAUCUACACAGUGUUUUUAAUGAAUCGGAGGAGACUGUUACAUGAAACAAAUCGAAAGAAUGUGUUCAUUCACGGUGCAAUAGAAGGUUAGGGUUAAACGUAUAUUCGAAAAAUUCAAUUACGAAUUUUGUAAACAUACGCGGCGAUUAAUGUCGAUGAUACAUUUUUGUUUUUCAAUUCAACCUGUAUAUACUAAUUCGAAAUAAAUGUUUAUAAGAAAA